CAGGCAGGUUGCGAACGUCGCUCCCCUGAGAACCAAUUGGCCCUGAGAAGAAGAAGAAGAAAGACGCUCACGUCGCCUUCCCGACUCGACGCUUUUGUCUCCUCUUUGCCGGCUCUCUCUCGGACGUGAGCGCGCGCGCAAGGCUGGAGUGAGCGGGCGGGAUCAUCUGCGGCUCCUGGUCCCUUCUAUCUCUACUUUUCUCGCGCACGCAAAGAGAAGAACAGGUCGCUGCACAGCGAAGGGAGAAGCGAUAGCUGUGCAAGAUGGACGAGUCUUCCAAAAUCCUCAAUGAGGCGCUCAACGUCGUCAAGGUGCAGUCGGUGCAGAUGAAGCGAUGCCUGGACUCGGAGAUGCUCAUGGACGCUCUCAAGUCGGCCUCGACGAUGCUCUCGGAGCUCCGCACCUCGUCGCUGACACCCAAGAGCUACUACAAUCUUUACAUGGCCGUGUUCGAUGCGCUGCGACACCUGUCCAUCUACCUCUACGAUGCGCACACGACAGGCAAGCACCACCUGGCGGACCUGUACGAGCUGGUGCAGUACUGCGGCAACAUCGUGCCGCGCCUCUACCUCAUGAUCACCGUUGGCUCCGUCUACAUGUCGAUCCCCGAGGCGCCCAUCAAGGAGAUCAUGAAGGACGUCAUGGAGAUGAGCCGGGGCGUCCAGCAUCCCACCCGCGGUCUCUUUCUGCGACACUAUCUCAGCGGCGCCACCCGCGACCACCUCCCCGUGGGGCAGGACAUGGGCCCUGGGGGCAAUCUGCAGGACUCGAUCGGCUUCGUGCUCACCAACUUCAUCGAGAUGAACAAGCUCUGGGUCAGGCUGCAGCACCAGGGCCACUCGCGGGACCGCGAGAAGCGCGAGAUGGAGCGCAAGGAGCUCCGCAUCCUCGUCGGCACCAAUCUCGUGCGCCUGAGCCAGCUCGAGGGCAUGGACCUGGAGAUGUAUCGGCGCAUCAUCCUGCCCAGCAUCCUCGAGCAGGUCGUCAAUUGCAAGGACGUCAUUGCGCAAGAGUACCUCAUGGAGGUUGUUAUCCAGGUCUUUCCCGACGACUUCCACCUCCGCACCCUGGGCCCUUUUCUCUCUGCAUGCGCCCAGCUGCACCCCAAGGUCAACAUCAAGAACAUCGUCAUUGCCCUCAUCGAUCGUCUCGCAGCCUAUGCGGCCAGAGAGGCCGAGAAUGACAGCCCAGAGGAGAUCCGGCGGCAGGAGCAGGAGGCGAGCCGCAAGCUGGCGGAGAAGACGGCCAACAUGCGCGUCACCGGCCAGAGCAAGGGCCCCAGCUCCGUCUGGGACGAGGUGGCCGCUGCCGAGGGCGAGGGAGCCAGACACGACGUCGCCGAGCCCAAGUCUCCGACAGGCUUUGCUGGCGUCUCGGCACCCGCUGUGGAGCCGUCUGGCUUUGCGACAGAUCCUGAUGACGCAGCCGCGCCCAACGUCGCCACGCACAACUCGCAGACCGAGUCGCGUUUCAAUACUGUCCCAGAGGGCAUGGACGACGAGAAUGCAUGGGCCUCUACCGCUGCCUCGUCCUCAUCCCAAUCGACGACAACUCCCGACGAGGCCGCCUCUUCUUCCAAUGCAUGGGCCUCCUCCUCGUCUGACUCGGCAACGGAUGUCGAUGGUGCUGCCAACGGGGCAGUUGAGUCGACGGGCGAGCAGCCCGAGCAAGAGAUGACGUCUGGAGCGCCGCCUACAAAGGCACCAAAGGAGCCUGCAGCCUCGGCGCCAAAUGGCGACAGCAGCAGUGCGCCUCCUGCGAAUCAGGCACAAGCGCAAGAGCAACAAACGCAAGCGGCUCAGGCCCCACCACCGCCGCCAAUCGAGAAGAGCAAGCCAGGCAAGAAGUUCAGGGGUAUCCCCGAGGACGUCAAGCUGUUUGAGGUCUUUUGGGCCCAGGUGGUGCAGCUGAUCCGAGCACGGCCCGACCUGUCGAUCCAGGACAUCACUGCUCUGUUUGUCUCGCUUGCCAACUUGUCGCUGAGCUGCUACCCGGAUCAGCUCGAGUACGUGGACCAGGUGCUGGCCUUUGCCCGCGAAAAGGUCGGCGAGUUCCAGCAGAGCCCGGACCUGCAUACACCCGUGACGGCGUCGAACCUCAAUGCGCUGCUCCUCUCGCCCAUCAAUGCAUACCUCUCCAUCCUCACGCUCCUGGCCCUGCCCAACUACAAUGCGCUCCUGUCGGUGCAGCCAUAUGCGACACGGAAAAACAUCGCCCACGCCGUCCUUAUGUCGGUGCUGCGAAACGAGACGGUCAUGUCGACGCCCGAGGAUGUCGACGGGGUGCUGGAGCUGUGCAGCACCCUCGUCAAGGACCAGCGCGACGCGACGCUGCCCCACCAACACCAUCCCCAACAUCUUCCGCAACACCAGAUGAACGCUGGUGGCGCUUAUCAGGGCGCCAUGUACGGUCACGGCCAACAGCCAAUCCACCCGCACGCCCAGGACGCCCGAUAUGCUCACAUGCAGCAGCAGGCCCAACAGCAGCAGCAGCAACAACAACAUCACCUUCAGCAGCAACAGCAGAUGGCAUACAACAACAAUAUGAACCGGCAGAUGAUGGGCCACCGCCAGCACCAGCAGGCGCAGAUGGAUCUCGAGGAGAUGGCCGAGGAGCAGGGCUGGGUCGCAAGGGCCAUCCACCUCUUCCGGUCCGACGACCUCGAGACCCAGUUCAGCCUGCUUCAGACGGCCCGCCGUCACUUUGUCGAGGGAGGCGAGCGCAUCCGCUUCACGCUGCCGCCGCUCAUUGUGUCUGCAAUCAAGCUCGCACGGCGCUACAAGGUCCGCGAGAAGCUCGAGGGCGACGGCUGGGAGUCGAAGAUGAUGACGCUCUACAAGUUCGUCCACCAGGUCAUCACCAUUCUCUACAACCGCGUCGAGACGUCGUCGGAGCUGUGCCUGCGCCUCUUUUUGCUCGCUGCCCAGAGCGCAGACGAAGCCGGCUUCGAGGAGCUCUCGUACGAGUUCUAUGUCCAGGCUUUCACAAUCUACGAGGAGUCCAUCAGCGAGAGUAAGGCCCAGCUGCAGGCGAUUGGCCUCAUCAUUGCCACGCUCCAGACGGCCAGGGUAUUCGGGCCCGACAACUACGACCGGCUGAUCACCAAGGCGGCCUUGCACGGCGCCAAGCUGCUCAAGAAGCCCCAUCAGGCGUCGGCUGUGCUCCUCGCAUCGCAUCUCUGGUGGCAAGAGGACCUGGCGACGCGGCCGGCUGCCGUAGCGUCGAAGAAGAAGGCAGCAGCAGCAGCAGCAGCAGCAGCAGCAACGGCGUCAAAGAAAAAGGAAAAGAAGGAGGCAGACACCGCGACUGCGAGCUCUUCUUCUUCUUCUUCGUCAUUGGCAUCGCCAACCGCAGCGUCGGACGUGGUGCUGCUGCGCGACGGCAAGCGGGUGCUCGAGUGCCUGCAAAAGGCGCUCCGCAUCGCAAACGGCUGCAUCGACGAGCGGUCGACGGUCGAAAUCUUUUGCUCGGCGCUGGACAGCUACCUGUACUACUUUGAGCGCAAGGUCGACGAGGUCGCGCCAAAGUACAUCAACAGCCUCGUCGAGCUCAUUGCCAAUGGCCUCGAGAGCAUCCAGCAGAUGCAGGGCGCCGACGGCAGCGCCGACCAGCAGCAGCACCACCACCAUUCGCACCAGCGUGGCGGCGCAGGGGCUGGCGCUGGCGGUGCCGGCAUGAUGGAGGGCCUCCUGGCGGGCAGCCCCGAGGCAUGCGCGAGGCACUUUAAGGCGCAGCUCGUGCACAUCAAGCAGCGCAAAGAGGCCGCAGUCCUCGAGGCUGCCUCCUACGACGAGACCGACGGGCAGCGCGAGAGGGGACCAGACUGGGGCGCGAUCAGCAUCGCGGGCGCCGUGGCAAAGAUGGGCUUGUGAAGCGGACCGGUAUUACCCUUUGUAGGACCUCUUCUUAAGCCACUUUGCAUCGAUGGUCGGUGUUGGAAUACGAACGCAUAUACAGCUAAGCUCUACUGGCAUCCCACUCCCUGUUACUGCUAGCAAUAAGGCGAGCCGGUGGGUUUUGUGAUUUCCUAGAGAGUCAUAUCAUG